AUUUAGUUGGGCACAGAACUCAGAAACAGUUGGCUGUGCCAUAGAAAGUCUGUCAUUUUCCUUCCCUUCCUCUGCUUCAAAGCAGACGAAUAGUCGUCAUUUUAUGACCUGCAAAUCACAACAAAUAACGAAUUUGAUGUACGUUCAAUGGAGUCGCCAGACAAGAUGUCGUCAGUCCUUGCCCGUGUAUUAUUCUUUCCGUCCUUAGCUUAUAAUGUAAUGAUGGAAAAAAUUUCAUCUAGACAGUGGUAUAAUCACGUCGACAAUCAUGUAAUUCUGGGAGCACUGCCUCUAAGAAACAAAACUCAAGAGUUGAUUGAAACAGAAAAAGUCAAUGCAGUUGUUUCUCUAAAUGAGGAUUAUGAAGUUAAAUAUCUCACACAUCAGCCAGAGGAAUGGAAAAAGUUAGGUGUUGAUGCUAUUCGAUUUUCUGUUGUUGACAUGUUUGAAGCACCUCCCCAAGAUAUGCUUCUUAAGGGUGUGGAAUUCAUUAACAAAAAAAUUUCUGAUGGGGGUGUGGUAUAUGUACAUUGCAAAGCAGGCCGAUCAAGAAGUGCUGCAUUAGUAGCUUGUUACCUAAUGAAGAAACAUAAUUGGACUCCAGAGCAAGCAAUUUUGCAUUUAAAAUCAGUAAGGCCACAUAUUCUUCUGCCUCCCAACAAAGUCAAUGCCCUGGAAAUCUUCUACAAAAGUCAUGUUCAGUGUACUUAAAAAUUCUGCUUGUGAAACUAGUUGGUUAGAGGUUAUUGUUCAUCUAUGAGAAAGAAAUAAAUAUCU